AUGACUUCGUCAUCAUCGGAUCACGACAGCUCAGCUGGCUCACCGCCACCGCCGAAGCAGGCCCUGUUGGACGACGACUUCGUGAAAACACUGGAACAACUUUCAAAACAGGUUCAGCCCAAUAAAGCCAAACUUUUUUAA